AUGUCAAGCUGUAGACUCGCAGAGGGGACUACGACUACGAGCGUCUCCUUCAAAUGGGAGCCCUUCGUCGUCCUUAAAUUCUUAGAGGACGGCGCGACCAUACUGGGACGGUGCGGCACUUCGGGGCACAACCGCUUGUCUAUGAGGUGCUUGACAAAUCACCACGAUCGGUCGUUCUCGCUUUUUGACGAGCCAAGUAAACCAUUGCCAUUAGAAGCCAAAUUAAUACUAGCUAUUACAAACACAUCAUUAAACAAAGCACGAUUUGAAUGCGAAAUGGGACACCUGCCUCGAUUUAGGUCUCCGCCAUUUUGUGUAUGUCUCGAUUGUCAGCUGUUUUGCCGAAAUUCUUCUAUUCCGUGA